AUGGUGACUGUGAAAAGAGGGAGUAGGCCUCCAUGGGUUGGACUUGGAGCAUCUGUUUGGAUGCAAAUAGCAGCUGGAAAUGCAUCUAAUUUUCCACUCUACUCUCAUUCAUUAAAAUCAGUUCUGGGUUUCAACCAAAGGCAGCUCACAAUGCUUGGGGUGGCUAAUGAUAUUGGUGAAAAUGUCGGCAUAGUCCCUGGACUUAUAUGCAACAAGUUCCCACCAUGGGUGAUUCUUUUGAUUGGUGCUUUUGCAUGUUUCUUGGGUUAUGGGGUUCUUUGGCUUGCCAUUAGCCGUACUGUUCUUGAUUUGCCUUAUUGGCUGUUAUGGGUUGCUUUAUGUAUUGCAACAAAUAGCAAUGCUUGGUUCAGCACUGCAGUACUUGUGACUAAUAUGAGAAACUUCCCUCUUAGUCGAGGCACAGUCGCUGGUAUUAUUAAGGGCUAUGGAGGACUUAGUGCUGCUGUAUAUACAGAGAUUUUUAGCAUAUUACUUAAAAAUUCUUCUUCUAAACUCAUGCUAUUCCUCGCACUUGGGAUUCCUACUCUCUGUCUUAUUAUGAUGUAUUUUGUUAGGCCGUGUACUCCAGCUUCUGGUGAUGAUACUUCGGAAAAUUGCCAUUUUCUGUUCAUUCAAGCUUCUAGUGUCUUGCUUGGUAUAUAUGUUCUUACAACUACUGUUUUGGACGAUGUGCUCUCUUUAAGUGCUCCCAUUUCCUAUUGUUUUCUUGCUCUUAUGGUCCUCUUUCUAAUGGCUCCACUUGCCAUCCCUGUGAAGAUGACUUUGUACCCCUCCAGUAGCAGCAAAUCCGCUACUCAUGUCCAAAUUGUUGGACCAGCAAAAACUUCUGACCAAGACAAUGGAAAUGCAGACAAAAUAGAACCGCUUUUGACACCAUCUUCAUCAUCUGCAAACCUAGGAAGUUUUCACGAAAGUGACAGCAUGUCUGAAGUAAAUAUACUUAUUGCGGAAGGAGAAGGCGCAAUAAAGAAAAAGAGGAGACCUAGAAGAGGGGAUGAUUUUACAUUUGCUGAAGCUAUGAUCAAAGCUGAUUUCUGGCUUCUGUUCUUGGUCUACUUUGUCGGGGUUGGCUCUGGUGUUACCGUUCUCAAUAACCUGGCUCAGAUUGGAAUAGCUCAAUAUAUGCAUGAUACAAAGAUCCUGUUAUCCCUCUUCAGCUUCUUCAAUUUUGUGGGUCGCCUUGGGGGAGGUGUCGUUUCUGAAUAUUUUGUCAGAUCAAAAACGAUCCCUAGGACAGUUUGGAUGACAGUUACACAAGUUAUAAUGAUAAUUGCAUAUCUUCUUUUUGCUUCAGCUCUUAAUGGCACUCUUUAUGCCGCAACUGCGUUGCUGGGAAUCUGCUAUGGUGUUCAAUUUUCUAUCAUGGUCCCAACAGCCUCGGAGCUAUUUGGCCUUAAGAAUUUUGGUAUGAUUUUCAAUUUUAUGUCACUCGGCAAUCCACUCGGUGCAUACCUAUUCUCGGGUCUCCUUGCGGGCAUUCUAUAUGAUAAUGAGGCAUCAAAACAGCAUGCUGUUUCUUGCUUAGGUCCAAAUUGUUUUAGACUCACCUUCCUUCUUUUGGCCGGACUUUGCGGUGUUGGCACCAUACUUAGCAUAGUUUUGACCGUGAGGAUAAAACCCGUUUACCAAAUGCUCCAUGCUGGGGGUUCCUUUCGGCUACCCCAAAGUUCAAAUCAUUGA